GGAUUUGCUCCCCGUGGAAGGUGAGCGGCGCCGCCCCGCGCCCCGCGGGGAUCCCGCGCUGCUUCCCGGGAAUUCCCAUCCAGGGAUCCGCGGGAUUUCCGCCCCAGCAAGGAGCCGGAGAUUCCCGGAGCGCCUCCGGGAUUUGGGGAUUUGGGGCUGCUGCGCUCGGAGCGGGAUCGGGAUGAGGCUCCAGGAGAUUCCCAAAGGUCGGUCCCGGGAAAAUUUGGGAAUUUUGUGUGUUUUUGGGAAUUUUGGGGUUUGGGAUUUGUCCCUGGAAUGGGAUUUGGGGUCCUGGAAUUUCCUUUUUCCAUGGGAAAAUCCCUUUGGGGUCGGAUCUGAGCCGGGCGGGAUCGGGGUGAGGCUCUGGGAUCAUCCCAAAAUUUGGUCCCGGGGGAUUCUUGGGAAUUUGGGGAAUUUUGGAGCUUUUGGGGUCUCUGGGAAUUUGGGAUUUUUGGGGUUUUGGGUUUUUGAGGAUUUGGGGAUUUGGGAGGAGCCGGAGAUUCCCGGAGCGCCUCCGGGAUUUGGGGAUUUGGGGAUUUGGGGCUGCUGCGCUCGGAGCGGGAUCGGGAUGAGGCUCCAGGAGAUUCCCAAAGGUCGGUCCAGGAAAUUUUGGGAUCUUUUGGGAAUUUUGGGGUUUUUGGGAUUUAGGAUUUGAGGUCCUGGAAUUUCUUUUUUCCAUGGGAAAAUCCCUUUGGGAUCGGAUCUGAGCCGGGCGGGAUCGGGGUGAGGCUCUGGGAUCAUCCCAGAAUUUGGUCCCGGGGGAUUUUUGGGGUUUUUGGGGAAUUUUGGGGUUUAGGAUUUGACUCAGGAAUGGAAUUUUGGGGUCCUGUAAUUUCCUUUUCCAUGGGAAAAUCCCUUUGGGGUCGGAUCUGAGCCGGGUGGAUCGGGGUGAGGCUGUGGGAUGAUCCCAGAAUUUGGUCCCGGGAGAUUUUUGGGAAUUUUUGGGGAUUUUUUUGGGAAUUUUGGGGUUUUGUGGGAUUUGGGGAUUUGGGAGGAACCGGAGAUUCCCGGAGCGCCUCCGGGAUUUGGGGAUUUGGGGCUGCUGCGCUCGGAGCGGGAUCGGGAUGAGGCUCCAGGAGAUUCCCAAAAGCCGCGGGGAUUCCCCCCUGGAGCAGGAAUUCCGCUCGGCCGUGGGGGGAGGGGCAGCUCGGAGCCCCCCCAGCCCCCGCUCGUCCCCGCGCUCGCCCGCCAACUCCAUCAAGGUGGAGAUGUCGUCGGACGAGGAUUCCCCGGGCCGGGCGCUGUCGCAGGAGGAGCGGGAGGCGCUUCCCGAGGAUUCCCUGCCGGAGCCGUUCCCGGAGCAAUUCCCGGAGCAAUUCCAGGAGCAAUUCCAGGAGCAAUUCCCGGAGCCGAACUCGCCGGGCGGGAUCCGCCUGCCCAACGGGAAACUGAAAUGCGACAUCUGCGGCAUGGUCUGCAUCGGCCCCAACGUGCUGAUGGUGCACAAGCGCAGCCACACCGGAGAACGCCCCUUCCAGUGCCAGCAGUGCGGCGCCUCCUUCACGCAGAAGGGGAAUUUGCUGCGCCACAUCAAGCUGCACUCGGGGGAGAAACCCUUCAAGUGCCCCUUCUGCUCCUACGCCUGCCGGCGCCGCGACGCCCUCAGCGGCCACCUGCGCACCCAUUCCGUUUCCUCCCCCGUGGUGGGGAAGCCGCACAAGUGCAGCUCCUGCGGCCGCAGCUACAAGCAGCAGAGCAGCCUGGAGGAGCACCGGGAGCGCUGCCACGGCCACCGGCACCGCCGCAGCCCCGCGCCCGCAGGAGAGGAAAUCCGGGAGCUGGACAUGGUGCCCGAGGCGUUGCUUCAUCCUGAGCGCCCCACCUUCAUCGAGCGUUUGGCAGGCAGCUUUACUAAAAGGAAACGAUCCACGCCUCAGAAAUUUGUGGGAGAGAAGCAGAUGCGCUUCGCCCUCUCGGAGCUGCCCUUCGAUGUCAGCCCCGCGUUCGACAAGGACGUGGAGGUGCUCCCGUCCCGCGCCCACUCCCUGGAGCCGCCCUACGCCGGGCCCCUCUCCCUGCUGGGCUCCGCCGACCCUCUCCGCCCGCUCCGCCUGGCCACCAACUGCAUCACCGAGGUCACCCCGGUCAUCAGCUCCGUCUACACCCAGAUCCAAGCCCUGCCCGCCCGCCUCGAGCUGCCGCGGGGCCGCGGCGACUCCUCGGAGGACGGCGCUGAAGGGAUCCCGGUGAUUUUCCGCAAUUCCGCCGGCGGGGGAUCCCCGUCCAACGGCUGCCACGACUCCACGGACACCGACAGCACCCAGGAGGAGCGAGCGGGCGGCGGCAGCAGCCGCCACAGCCCCGCCUAUGCCAAGGAGGAGCCUAAGGAGGAUCCGGAUGGAGCGGCGAGGUGUUUCCCCAAGGAAUCGCUGCGGGUGCUCAACGAGGAGGGCGAGCAGCUGCGGGCGUUCUGCUGCGAGCACUGCCGCGUGCUCUUCCUGGACCACGUCAUGUUCACCAUCCACAUGGGCUGCCACGGCUUCAGGGACCCUUUCGAGUGCAACAUCUGCGGCUACCGCAGCCAGGACCGCUACGAGUUCUCCUCGCACAUCGUGCGUGGGGAGCACAAGAUCUGAGGUGGGAAAAGUUUGCCCUUUCCUGCCUUCGAUUUUCUGAUUUUACCCCGGUUUCACCUCGGUUUUCCCCUCCUAAAUCGUGCGUGGCGAGCACAAAAUGUGAGAUGGGAAAAUCUCCCUUUUUCCUGCCUCCAAUUUUCUGAUUUCACCCCGGUUUUUCCCUCCAAAAUCGUGCUCAGCAAACUCAAAAUCUGAGAUGGGAAAAUCCCCCCCUUUUCCUGCCUCAGAUUCCCCAGUUUUCCUCCUCCUAAAUCGUGCUCAGCAAACAGAAAUGCGAGAUGGGAAAAUCCCUCUUUUCCUGCCUCCAAUUUUCUGAUUUUACCCCGGUUUCACCUCGGUUUUCCCCUCCUGAGUCGUGCGUGGCGAGCACAAGAUAUGUGUGGGAAAAGUUCUCCCCUUUUCCUGCCUCAAAUUCCCUAAUUUCCUCCUAAAUCGUGCUCAGCAAACACAAAAUGUGAGAUAGGAAAAUCCCCCCCUUUCCUGCCUCCAGUUUUCUGAUUUCACCCCAGUUUUCCCCUCUUAAAUUGUGCGUGGCAAGCACAAGUUCUGAGGUGGGAAAAGUUCGCCCUUUCCUGCCUUCAAUUUUCUGAUUUCACCCCAGUUUUCCACUCCUAAAUCGUGCUCAGCAAACACAAAAUGUGAGAUGGGAAUAGUCCCCCUUUUCCUGCCUCAGAUUUCCCAGUUUUCCCUUCCUAAAUCGUGCUCAGCAAACUCAAAAUGUGAGAUGGGAAAAUUCCCCCUUUUCCUGCCUCAAAUUCCCAAAUUUUCCCCUCCCAAACACAAAAUGUGAGUUUGGAAAAUUCCCCAUCCUCAAAUUCCCUUUUUUCUCCUCCCAUUUCCUCUCCCACAUCAUGGUCAAAAUGUGAGGUUGGAAAAAAAAAAUCUCCCCUGCCUCAAAUUCUCUUUUUUCCCCUCAAUUUUCCCCUCCUAUUUCCCCUUUUUUCCCCCUCCCAUUUUCCCUUUUUCCCCUUGAUUUUCCCCUCCUAUUUUCCCAUUUUCCCCUGAUUUUCCCCUCCUAUUUCCCCUUUUUCCCCCCUCCUAUUUUCCCUUUCCCCCCCAAUUUUCCCCUCCCACAUCGUGCGCCACGAGCACAAAAUGUGAGGUUGGAAAAAUUCCCUCAAAUUCCCCUUUUUUCCCCCCAGUUUUCCCCCUCCCCUCCCCUCCCAUCCUUAUAGGGCGUGGAACUGUUGGGUUGUGUUAUUUUUAUUUUUAUUUUCUUUUAUACUCCUUUGCACUGACUUUGGCUAGAAAAAACAACAAAACAACACAAAAAAGUAUUUAAAAA